CAGGAUCUUGCCCUAGCGGUAAAGUUGAAACGAACUUCGGGCCACAAUAAAAUCAUAUGAUGGACCAAGGGCGAUGAAUACCGCCUAAUCUGUACUCGAGUAGUAUUCUUCUUGGUGGUGGUACAAGCAGCCUCAUACUCGAGUACUGUUCCUUACCCCCGAGACACGAAAACACCGAAGUACCAUGGGUCGAAAUGAUGCCAAACCUAGGCACAGCGUCAUCGGUAGUCUACUCGUAUAGAGCAUCAAGAGAACGAAAGCGAUUUAGGAGAUGCGGCGGUGCACGCGGGCCCCGCCCCUUUCCCACUGGCUCCCAGUGGGGUCACCAUCUGAAGAGUCAAAUUGACUCUGAUCUUGUUGGACACCAUCGUAGAUUUGUCAGUACUCGAGUACAGUAAUUAGUCUACGUGAAAAGUUCUGGAAGCUCAAGCAUCAGCGUUCAUCCUCCAAUGGAUCUAUUAUCCAUUGCCUCACACAACACCUCAGAUCCCCCCCACAACAAAAGGUCAAAACGCCAUCAGAAUGACCCCACUCCUUUUCAGAGAAUUCGAAUACGGUACAGAACCGUAAGGAUAUCUAUCUCUACUCGAGUAUUUGUUUAUUCCUCCCCAAUCACCCUAGCCCCUUAUCCAAGUUAUGAUACCGGUACACUACAAAGAUCUCUAUCGCACACAUUCCCCCAGUUCAUCUAUUGCAUCAACAACCCACACCCGGAACAGCAGCCCGACCACGGGCGAAGCGCACCAUACGAUACGGUGCGAUGCGAGAGAAGGAGAGACCCGCAACUGCCCCAUGCCACUUGUGGAACAACUUAUUAUCAUUCAAAAUCCGCGUUUCUCGUCCCACAGAAGGCAGGUCAACACGAGCGAAAGAGAACAGUAAUAAAUACCAACCCUGGGAGAAUCGAUCUCUAUCCAGACCUAGAACCAAAAACCGUUAAGGGCCUGUUCGGAUUACUUGUUCCGACUGAUCCAUAG